AUGUCCUACAACAACCAGUACCCACAACAGCCUCCUCAAGCUCACUAUGGCGGCGGAGGGUACGGCGGACCGAUUCCAGGCGACGGGAAAGGACCGCAGCAGUACGGGUACCCUCAACAGCCUGGGUACGGCCCACCGCAGGGAGGUUACUAUGGCGCACCACCACAGGGGAUGCCGUAUGGACAGCCAGGGGGACAGCCGAUGUACUACGGCCAACAGCCCCCAAUGACGUAUGGCCAGCCUCAGCAGGUGUAUGUACAGCCGAACCGGCCGGCGGAUAACGGCAUGGGGUGCUGUACGGCGAUUCUUGCCGCCCUCGCAUGUUGCUGCUGUCUGGAGGCAAUCUUCUAG